AUGGCGGACCUAGUGAGACUGAAGGAUUCGUUGUUCGCAAACUACGUCCAGGACUUUCGGCCAGUUCAAAAUCAGAGUGAUCCCAUAGAAAUUGACCUUGAUAUGUACCUCAUCUCUAUUCUAGAUGUAGACGAGGUGGCUGGGAUAAUUACGCUGAGCUGUGCCCUUCUCCUGUCCUGGACAGAUUACCGACUGGUCUGGAAUCCUAACGAGUUUGUUGGUAUCCCCUCUUUUGUGUUUGGGGCCUCAAAUGUAUGGAAGCCUCGGGUUUACAUUGCCACAUCUUCUGACGAUUUAACUGAUUUUCCUUUGGACGCCUUCGACGUAAGAGUAAAUUCAAAUGGUGGGGUACAAUCUUUGCCAGGUCGACAGGUGAAGGCUAGCUGCAGUUUUGACAUGACUAAGUUUCCAAGAGAUUCGCAGACUUGCGUCCUUCAGUUGACAUCUUGGUUCUAUUCAUCAGAGGAGUUGAUACUAAAAUCUCCCCAGCCAUACAUCAGUCUGGCAUACUACAUACCAAACGGAGAAUGGAACGUUGACUGGACGUCCGCUGCGAGCAACGAUUUAGGACAUAUCUUCUCUGUCCUCGAUUUUUCAAUUCACCUGACAAGACAAUCUGGCUUCUUUCUUAUAUCUAUGGCUGUUCCAGUGAUUUUGCUGUGUUUUCUCAAUCCAUUCGUGUUCCUCCUGCCGGCCGCCUCAGGGGAACGAAUUUCUUACACAAUAACGAUAUUUCUGUCGCUCGCUGUUUAUAUGACAUUGAUAGCUGGAAAUAUGCCGAAGGUUUCAGAUCCAAUGGCGGGAAUUUCUUACUUUCUUCUCGGGGCUAUGUUAACAAGUUGCUUGCUGAUCUUGUUGACAAUUUUCACUCUUCGCUGUGACGCUGUGACUGAGGUACAGAAAUUCCCUCGGUGGAUUAAGUGGCUAGUGAAUUGCUCUCGACCAACGUGUGGUAGAGACAAGAAAGUUCACACAACUGAUAUCAUCAGCGGUGACCAAACGAUUACACAAGUCCGGGCAAUUGGGGAAGAGGAAUACAAUUACGUCAUCGAACACAAGCAUGAUCUACAGAAGGAGCACGUGACGCGACGUAUUGACAAAUGUCUGUUUUACGUCACACUAUCGGGGACUAUUGUAAUGACCGCGGUGUUUGUAGUUCAGUUCUGGUGUUAG